AUGGCAAAAGCUUACUUUUUACUUGUGGCUGACGUAGGAAAGAGAAAACCUCGGCUCUUUGAAUACCUUGAACGCAGCGAGUUUUUGUUUCAAAACUACGACUCGCCAGAGGAUUGGGUCGAACUCUACCAAAAAUACGGUCGCCUUUGGCUGGAUUGUAUGAGCCUUACACCGGAUGACCAGCGGAAUGAGCCGGCACGUAUAACCGCCAAAGAAAAUGGAAGAUACUAUUUUGAGCAAGAUAUAUCUUACAGCCAAAAAGAUCAUCGAGUAAGGGUUCAGGUCAAAGGGGAAACGUACAUUCAUCUCAGUCUUGCAACAUUACUUCUAGAUUGAGUUUAAACUGCCGCGCGAACCCACGCAAAAGCUCUUAGGUGAAAUAAAAGAAGCUGAAGAACUCCUUAAUUUCAUUCAGCAUGAUCUUGGUGACAUGCUCCUGACAAAAAGACCGGAUCAGUUUUAUCGCCAAGGAAGUCUGCAACUUACAAAGGAGUUAGCUGAGGAGGCUCUUCAUCUCGCGUCCUCCAAUAAAUUUAACACUGAAAUAGACUCUAUACGAGGAUGUAUAACUUUUCUCGACGAUAAUCUUGAUAAAAACAAGCUAGUUGUUCCUAUAGAACUCAAGAAAUCAAGUAGCGAAACCUGUUGUAGUGAAUAG